UAUGGUGAUCGUCUCAUCGUGUUUUGAACUUUUGAUUUUUGAAGUUUGAACAAAAGUUUGAAACGUGUUGUUUGUAGGUUAUUGUGUAUUAAAAAAUGGGUAAAAUAAGGAAACGUAGGCCAAAUAAGAGCCAACCUCCGGAAUCAGAUGAAACAUUUGAAGAGGAAUUACAAAUUGACUCUAAAGAGAAUGCAAUCCAAACAAUAAUUGAUCAAUUACAGGCCGUAAAUGUAGAAGAAAAAUAUUGUGGACUUCAGACGUUUGCUAUGUUAAUAGAAAGUGCAGAGAAUAUUGAACAAGUUAUUGAAAGAGGACUGAUUAAAAUAAUCGCUCCUCUUCUCUUAGAUCCUGCUAGUUCAAUAAGGAAUGCAGCUGCGGGCUCUCUUAGAAACUUAUCUGUAUUACGACUAGAUCUAUGUGAGGUUUUAAUGGAACAAGAUGUUAUGACGCCGUUAAUAUGCUAUUUUCACCAGUUCACAGAAACAUGGGUUCCAGAUGCAGGAUCAAAAUCAAAAGAUGAAGACAUUGAUACAUUUAUUCAAUGUGUUAAUCUUUUACUCAAUCUUUGUGAAAGUUCAGACCUGGCAGUGAAAUACUUAGGUGAAUCAAGAAUAUUAGAUAUAUUUCCAAGAUAUUUGGACUUGCAAACAUUUGGAAAUGAUAUUGUUAUAACUGUAAUGCAAUGCCUAUUUGUUGUUGUUGAAGAUAAUUCUAUUGCAAUUACAAAAAUCAAGACUUCUUCUGAGAAACAAUUGACACAGUUAUUACUUUUGGACAGCAAUGAGCCCCCUAUACUUUUAAUAAGAACUUUGGCAGCAGGAAUUGUUAUUAAUAUAUGCAGAGGCAAUAUUUCAUCUUUAUCAGUAGAUGUUAUAAAUCCAAUAAUGCAAUUAUUAGCUAAAACAUUAUCCCUUGAUCACAGAACGGCAUGUAACCAACUUUCUAGUUCUGUACCUUUAAAGAAUAGUUCUGGAAAAUUUGAUGCACCUAAAGGAAAAGAUGCUCAAGUGUUACAGGAACAAAUAAAAACAGUUUUAUAUUUGCUUGAUGGACAACAAAGUGCCAUAGAGAUUAUAGCUAACAUCUGCUCAUGUGAUGAUGAUGAUGAUGAUGUUGAUGAAAUGGAAUCAUCAGAAAGUGAAGAAACUGCAGAGGACGAAAUGGCGUGUACUAAUGGUGAAGGCAUUGUCCAUGCUGAAGACAAAUUACCUCCAGAAGUGAUGGAGGCUAUGAUAUCCUUAGAUAUGUUUGAUAAAGUGUGGUCCCGCACACAACUACCGGCUGAGAAUGUUAUGUUGAUCUUAAAAGAGUAUGAAGAGUCACAACUUGUUCCUAGAAAAAUUUAUAAUCUACAAACACGCGCAUUAUUAUGUGUAAAUAACAUGCUAUCAACAUUACCAAUAAAUAAACUUGGAGGUAUCAAUGGAGUGUAUAAGAUCUGGGUGGAUGCUGGAAAACUAGUUUUCAAGCGAAAUUCCGACAAUGUAAAUCUUUUGGAAUCAGCAACAGCGGUGAUGCGCGCUGCUUUGGAUAAAAUAAAAUUACGGGAAAAUAAUGAUGCAGCUGAUAACUCUCUUUUCAGUGAUUUAGCUUUGUCCGAUAUUGAGAUUAUGCUUACAGGGAUAAAAGAUUGUCAAGUACCGGAGAUAAGAUCUAAUCUCAUUCGAAUGAUUGGCAUAUUAGCAUUGUUGUUAGUAAAUAAUUUAAAUGAUACAACUACAACAGUUGUAUGUACGAUCACAGAGUUUAUUUUAGAGCAAGCACAUAAAGAGAACGAAGUGUGGGUUCUUGCAGAAGCCAUAGAUACAUUGGUUGAUUUAUAUUCAGAAGACGAAACAGAUAGUAUAGCAGCAAAAGUCAAACUUGUUGAAAAAUUGGCCAUUUUAGCACCUAUACUUAAAAAUAAAGCUCGGCAACAAAGAAAACUUCCAAAAGAAUACAAAGUGCUGGUGUCUACUGCGAGUUCAAAUUUACCCAGGUUUAUAAAGUACAAAAAAGCUCGGCUAAAUAACCUUUAAAACCUAUAGUUAUAGGACAAAUUAUUUAUAUACAUUAUUUCUUAAAUACAUCUUUUUAUAUAUUAAAUACAUACUUUUAUAUUA